AGAGAGUGAACAGCACAUUUAUAAAAGCAAGCAAAACUUCCCAAAUUAAAUUCAUUAAUGAAUAAUACUAAAACCAUGGAUCAAAAGAUAUGCAUAGCCAUGGUUCCAUGUCCAGGAAUAAGUCACUUAAUCCCUUUUGUAGAAUUUGCAAAACUACUUGUUCUUCAUCACAAAAACUUCCAUAUAACUUUUCUAAUUCCAACACUUGGUUCUCCUACACCAACCACAAAAGCAAUCUUAAACUCACUUCCACAAAACACAAUAGAUUUCAAAUUCCUUCCACAAAUCAACAUUGAAGACCUUCCUCCAAAUCUUCACAUAGCAGGACAAAUGAAAGUUGUUGUUAAACACUCAUUACCCUCAUUGUAUCAAGAAGUUAACACACUCAUAACUUCUCUACAAUCAAAAAACAACAACCUAGUUGCUUUGGUUUUUGACUUUUUCUCAAGUGAUGUUAUUGACAUAGCUAAAAAAUUCAACCUUAUGUCUUAUGUUUUUGGUACUUCAUCAGCUGUAGCAUUUCAAUUCUGUCUCAAUCUUCCAAAACUAGAUGAAAGUCUUUCCUCUGAAUUCAUGGACAAGACAAAAACAUUUGACAUUCCAAAUUCUAAUGUUUCUUUUAAGGUAAAAGAUUUUCCUGACCCUGCUCUUUAUGCAAGAUCAAGUGAAACAUACAAAGCUUUUCUUCAUGUGUGUCAAAGACUUUCUUUAUUAGAUGGUGUCAUUGUUAAUAGUUUCACAAAUUUAGAACCUCAUGCAAUAAAAUUUAUGGAAGAUUUUCUUUGUGUUUAUCCUAUUGGACCCAUUAUUCAAAAUGAGUCAAAUAGUAAAGUCAACAAGUCAACGUGUAUUAAUUGGUUGAACAAUAAGCCUUCAAAAUCUGUUUUAUUUAUUUCUUUUGGGAGUGGUGGAACACUCACUCAAGAACAAAUCAAUGAGAUAGCUUUUGGGUUAGAAUUAAGUGGUUGUAAUUUUUUAUGGGUUAUAAGAGUCCCAAAUAAACAUUCAAGUUCUUUUUAUUUUAGUGGUUCAUCAAAAAAUUCUAAUUCUAAUUCUAAUUGUGAUUUUGAUGAUGACCCAUUAAAUUAUUUACCAUUGGGUUUCUCGGAAAGAACUAAAGAUCAAGGCUUGGUGGUUCCUUUGUGGGCCCCACAAGUUGAUAUUCUUGGACAUAGUUCAAUUGGUGGUUUUUUGACUCAUUGUGGUUGGAGUUCAUGUUUAGAAAGUGUUUUCUAUGGUGUGCCUAUGAUUGCUUGGCCACUUUUUGCUGAACAAAGAAUGAAUGCAUCAAUGUUAGAGGAUAUUCUUAAAGUGGCUGUGAGGCCAAAGAUUUGUGAUGAAGAUGGGAUAGUAAAAGGAGAGGAAGUUUGUAGAGUUAUAAAGAUUUUAAUGGAUGGUGGAUGUUUAGGGUUGGAAUUGAAGAAAAGAAUUGAAGAGUUGAAGUUUGGGGCUAGUGAUGCAAUGAGUGAAGAUGGUUCAUCUAGAAAGGCAUUAUCUAGUUUAGUACUCAAAUGGGAAGAAAGAGUUUCUGAAAAAUUAAAUUUGUUUUAGACGAUGUAAUCAAAAUCAGAUUGAAUAUUGGAUCCAUAUCAACAUCGAUUCAAAAUUUAAAUGUCAGACUGAGAUCGAAACGAGAUGAAAUCGAUAUUUUGUUUUUCUUAUACCGAUCAUUUUCAUAAGUAUUCAUUCAAUGUUUCGUAUAUUUUAAAAAUUAUGUAUUGUAUAAUUAAUUUGUAUAUUUUAUAUAUAGUUAUUACUAAAUUGAUUGUUGUGCACCUUGUGCUACACAAGGUCUUUCUUAA